AUGGAAUGGUUUUCUAGAACUUUUACUUCAGCUCAUCAAACAAAGAAAAUACCAGGCAUCAAAGCAGCUAGAGGUGCUCUUCCUAUUAAUCAUUUUCUCUUUGAUGAUUGUCUUAUCAUUACACAUGUUAAUUUAACCAGUGUCACCAAUAUCUUACAAUUUCUUGAAGAUUUUGGCGCUCAAUAUGGUCAGGUCAUUAAUUUUGACAAAUCAUCCAUUUUAUAUAGUAGUAACUUGGAUCCUUCAUACUGUGACUCUCUUAGUCACAUUCUUGGUGUAAAGAAUAUGGUCAGUAAUGAGAAAUAUCUGGGAUCUCCACUUCUCAUAGGAAUAUCUAAAGUUAAAUCUUUUGAAGAAAUCAAAACUGCUUUUGAAAGGAGGCUUGCUAAUUGGCAAGGUGAGACAACGUGUCAAGCUGGUAGAGGUACAAUGGUGAAAGUUGUUCUUAAUGCGGUUCCUUUAUACCAGAUGAGUACUUUUAAGAUUCCAAAAAAACUGAUUAAGCAGCUAGAUACAUUGCAGAGGAAGUUCUUUUGGGGCUACAAAUCUAAUAGAGGUAACAACCCUAUCUCAUGGAGUGAUAUGUGCAUUCCAAAGGAAUUUGGAGGACAAGCUUUUAGAGAUCUUGAGAUGCUGAAUCAAGCUCUUCUUACAAAAAUGGUUUGGAGAAUCAGUACACAACAAGAUCUGUUAUGUGUCAAAGUGUUAAGAGCUAAAUAUUUCAGAGGUGAAGAAUUUCUGCAUAUUCAAAAUGAUAGAAAUAAUAACUCUUCAUGGAUCUGGAAGGGUAUUGAAGAUGGCCUCAAAACUCUACAAAGGAAUGUGUGCAUGGAGAUCAAAAUGGAAAGAAGACUCGAAUAUGGAAGGAUCAUUGGAUUAUCAAUCUGCAUGAAAAACCAAUUCCUUCUUAUCCAAGUCAUAAAAGUUAUACGUAUGUCUCAUAAACCCAGAUAA